UUUAGUGUGGAAAUAGAUAAAACCAAAAACUAAAGUAAAUUAUGCGCGAUUAUCCUACAGUGCCAAAUGUAUUUCGUGUGGCAUCCUCACAUAGUGUUGACACAGACUGUACUACUGCUGGUGGUUGUGAUAUAAAAAUUACUUCUGGCACAAAUGCUAAUUUACCCACAGGACAGUUAAGGCAACAGCAGCAGCAGCAGCAACAUCAACUAAAACAAAAACAACUAAAUGGCAACAUUAGUGGUCAACAACAAUCAUUAGUAAAAUCUUGCAUUUCCUCACAAACAACAACAACGUCAACAUCACUAAGUCAAACUACAACAACCCAAGCUUCAACAACAGCAGUAACAACAAAAUGUACAUCAUCAUCAACAUUAUUAAAAACAAGCACAACUCAGCAGCAGCAACAACAGCAGCAAAAAAUAAAAAAUGAUUCCGACUUUAUAAUGCACAAUCAUAACAGUUUACAAAAGCAAUCGUCACAACAACAACAACAACAUCAUCAUAAACUUACAACACAUGCAUCCAUAGAACGACCACAAUGUCCACGUACUUCACAAUAUUAUUUACAACAAUCGCCGUAUGCAACAUUACCCAGAAAUACAGCAUCGUCUCUAUCAACUCUAUCACUAGUAUCGGCUGCUAAUGCCACUGUCACUGAUGGUGACAUACGCAAACAACAGCAACAACAACAACAGCGUCAUAACUCCAACAACAGCUACAAUAAUUCUCACAGUAACACCAACAACAACAACAACAACUCUCAUCAAAACAAUUCUAAUGAACCCACAAUGUUGGGUGUUAUAAAUACAAUCUCCGGCAGCAUACCAUCAACUGGUUACACAAUGGACCCACAGCAACUACCAGUCAACAAGACAAAUUCAAAUGGAACAGGUAGUGUGGGUGGCAUUGGCCAUCGUACCAUUUCCAUGGCAAGCGAUCUAAAUGCUGGCAUGAAUAAUUCAUGUACAAAUCUCAGUAAAUUGAAUGGUGUUCAACAAAAACAUCUAAGACUACAACAGCAGCAACAGCAGCACCAACAAUCAACACAUCAACAUCAUGACUUUAAACAAACUACUACAAUAACAGCAACACCAGCAAUAGAUGACUUUACCACAUAUAGACGCCAAUACCCCUGUUCAUCCUUAGAACGCAAUACAAAUGGUUAUUUAUGGAUUAUAACACCUGUUGCUGCCAGCAUAUCGGUGGCCAUUGUUAUUGCAGCUUUAGCUGGACCUCAAUGGUUGUUUACGGAAGAGAAAUUGCCAAAUACUUUGUAUAAUGGUACUGCUAACUUUAAUGUCCUGGAUGAUGGUGCCUUCAUUACGCGAUACACUAAAUCAAGUUUAUGGAUCAUAUGUACAACAUUACAGGGAGUUGAAACAUACAGUUGCAUAAAAAUAGACUAUUUUUCUGAAAAAGGAUAUCAACCAGAUCCUCAUGAUUCAGCAUCCGCCAUACCAUAUACUGUUACAAAGUCAUGUCCAUUCUUUUUAGCAUCGGGUAUUGUUCUUCUGUUAAGUUUUAUUGUUUUUCUUAUACCAACCUGUUCACAUCAAAAUAAUUUAUAUUAUUUUAGUGCCGGUAUCAUGUUCAUAGUAUCAGGUUUACUGAUGCUCAUCGGUCUCAUCGCUUAUAUAUCCAUAUUAAAGGCUGAAAUUGGGUCAAAGUUGCGUCCAAGGUCGACACUACAACCGCCUCUAUUUAAGGUCACAUACGGUCAAAGUUUCUUUUUGUUUGUCUUCGGUUUUAUAGCAACAGAAUUUGUCGGCUUGUUAAAUAUUUUUCUUUAUAUCAGUCUGCAAGAAGUUGGUUAUUAUAGCCGUUUACCAUGUUUUACAAUCUCAAAUCUACAAGAAAAAAUCAAAGAAGGAGAAAAUCGUUUCAAUAGUCACACCUACAAAAGUUACAAACAUGAAAUUGAAAGCAAAAAACCAAUGGAAAGACUAAGACAACAGCAAAAUAGAAAACAUCAAGUAACAGCACAAGAAUUGGAAUUGGAUACGAAAAAAUUACUCAAGAAUAUGGCCCAGGUAAAUGGCAAGAGUGGCGGAGGAGCAGGAGGAAUUGCAGCAAAAACAGGACGUAGAAUAGUCGAUGCAGCCACAGAUGUCAGUACAGGACCAUUUGCUUGUCGAAAACAUCCAAAUGGCAUGAGUUCAACUAUGUUCCUGAAUGAAUUGGACAGAAGAUAUUAUUUCGAGAAACCCAGCACUUCAUCAACACAAAGCAAGUGUAAUUUACACUCCAGAAAUUUGGCAAAGUCGCUUAAUGAACUCUAUACAGAAUCUUCUUCAUCAUCAGCUAUACUGCCGCCGCCACCACCACCCUCAGCCAUACGGGUGGGGGGUGGUGGUAUUCUACAAUUGCAAACACAAACUUUGCCAAGACCACCGCAACAAUUUAGUGAUUCACCGCAAGAGUUUCCUUUAACACGUAGUGUGUCCACAACAACAGACAUUUAUGCCACCCAAAAUGUCAGUUUUAGUGGUGUGUCAGCAACAAAAACCGAUUAUGGUAACAGCAAUAACAACAACACCAACAACAAUCGAAGACGUAAUGUGGCGACAAAUACGCGCUACAAUACCGAUACCGAAACACAAACAAAUGGUAAUGGUGGCGGCACUGGUAACAAUACAAAAACUCAAUUACAACAACGCAACAAUAUCACACACUCAAAGAAAACUUUACCGCAACAGCUGCAGCAACAAACUCAACGGCACAACAAUAUUUAUAAGACAAACUAUGCUGCAACAACAGCAACAUGUGCCAGUAACGAUGAUUUAGUUGGCGAUUCUAGGGAUAAACAUCAUCAUCGCCAACAGCGUCAUUUACGUGCCCCUGUCAAUGGCCAUAAAGCUGAUGAAAAUGAUAACGACCAACUGGAUAAUAACGAUGAUGAUGAUGACGAUGCCGAUGAAGAGCAACCACAAAAACUUUGCGGUCUUAAAAGGAGUAUACGCAAAACUAAAGAUGAACUUUUUGAAGAAUUUUGUAAACGUGCUGGCGUACGUCCAAAACCCAAAAAUAUCUACUACAUAGAAAAUCAUGAGGGUGAGAACGACGAUGACGAAGAUGAUGCUACUGCUGGUCUGGGCAUCGAUGACAAUUCAACUCAACAAACUACUGAAAUUGAAGAGGAAAUGCAAUGCAAACCCCUGAGAUUGAAUAAUGUACGCACUGGUAAUCUUCAUCAGAGACGUAUGGAAACACCAGGGAAACAUCUGCAGCAGCAACAACAACAACAAUCUCAUGGCGCUGACUACCGUGGCAUGGAGAAUAAUCGUAUUUUUGGCGAUGGCAUUGAUGUUGUCGAUAUAGAUGAGGAUGUGGAUGAGAGUGGUUUUAAGAAAUUGACCGAGAACGAAGACCACUUAUAUGUGAUUGAUGACAACAUUCACCUAAUGCCACAAGCCAUACGCAAUGGUCGUCGUGCUUCCAUGUACGUAGAGCCCAAUCAUCUGCGACGCUUAAAUUCCAAUUUAUCCCUGCACGCCAUUUACGCACCUACAGCCACUAGAGCUGGUUUACAGAAGAGUCUUUACGAUUUGGAUACAAGUGGCAAUGAAUUUGGUUACAUAACAACACAACAUCAUCAACAACCUCAUUAUACACUGCGCGACAGUACUUAUGGUGGAUCACAGCAACGUUUACAUCAUGAUUACCAUCACAAUCAGAAUCAGGCCAUGUAUCAAAGUCGUACUUUACCACGAGCAUUUUUGAAACGUAGUGCUGACUCGCAAGACAGUUUGGCAUCGGCGGGACUAAAUGCAAGUGCUACACAAUUGCAUAAUAUGUACAGUGCUAGUCAACAGAGAUUGACAACACUCAUGAUGCAACAUCAGCAACAAUUGCAACAACAAAAUCGCUAUUUAUCCAUGUCAAGAGAACAGGAGUUGUAUAAUUCACGUUAUGGUUUACACAAGUCAAAUGAGGAAUUAAAUCGACACUAUAUACAACAGCAGCAGCAGCAGCAGCCGAUAUAUAUACAACCCCAUCAAUUACAACAAUAUCAGCAGCAACAACAACAGCAUGCUAAUGUUUCAUCUACAAAUUAUAGCACAGCCUCCACUUUAAAACAACCUUCUCUAGUGCAAUGGCCAGCUGCCAUACCCUCUUCACCCUCAAAUUUUAGUGGCAGUUUUCAUAUGUAUGGCCCCGCAACAAACAGUGCCACCCAAAAUACCACUAACAAUCAUGCCCUACUAACACGUUCAAAUAGUAAUAGCGGUGCGGGUGGCAUGACUACAACUGGCAAUCUUAUAACAGCAGGUGGUCAACAAGUUGUUGUAAAUGGUUCGACUACUGGCUCUCAAGGACCACCCAAAUUUCAGCGAGGUUAUGCUUUCGACGAACACCGUCGACCCAGUGCUGUGCUGGCCGAUGCCUUUGAUUUGGAUGAAAUUGAACGUGAACGUAGACGUUCGCAUGCCAGUCUCUUUUCGGGCUUAGGCGUUAACGCCAAUACUGUCAAUUCCAAUAGUGGUCUAACAAUGGGGGGAGGUGGCGGCGUUAGUACUGGUGGUAACACCAACAAAAAUCAAGACCACUAUGACAUGAUUAAUGGUACUGCUGUGUAAAUGUCUCAGUUUUAUUUUCACUUUCACAGCAGCCAAGACAACCAGAACCAACAACUGCUAAAAAAGGCUUGAAUGCACAAACAUGACUUGGUUUCUUAAACACAGCACUGAAGAGUAGUAGAUGAUACCGAAAAACUAAAAAAUAUAAGUAUUAAGUGAUUUUAAUUUUUUUACUUUCAAUUUGGUUUCUUUUUUAUAAAAAUUGUAAGAGAUUUUUUGUAAAUAAAAGAAAAUUCAUUAGAAAAUUUGACUCAAUUGCCAGUAGUUAUGUACUUCAGUUUAGAAAAGCUCCAGCGAUUUAUUAAAAUAUUGAGAUAGUUAUUAAAAUCUAUAAAACCUCAAGUUUAAUCAUAUCUUCAACUGAAGAAAAUUUAGAAGCUUAUUUGAAGUAAAGUGAUAAGAAUUUGAAUUAGAAGAGUUGAAUAAAUUGGAAGAGUUUUUGUCAAAUUCACUAAACUAGAACAGAACCACAACUAAAUUAGAACAGUACUAGAACAGACUAGAACAGA